AUGAACAGCUAUUACGGUAGUGCGCUGGUAAACCCAUCAGUUAACGUCGAUGAAGUAAAGAAGAAUCGCUCCGGUAUCGCUUCCUGCUACUGCCCACGCCGUUACUACUUAGCCGUUUGCGCCUUUAUCGGUUUCUGCCUAAUGUACACCAUGCGAGUGAACUUGAGCAUCGCCGUACUGUAUAUGAAAAAAAGCCGAAUGACGCGAGUGGGAAACGAGACGGUAGACGACAAGUGA